AAACAGCCGCUUGCAUUUCAACGCCAAAGUGCAAGCAAAGAGCCGCGUGCAUUUCAACGCCAAAGUGCAAGCAAAGAGCCGCUUGCAUUUAACGCCAAAGUGCAGGCAGGCUGUCCAAGAGUGAGUUGGAAGUGGUUUGCCUCCUCCAUUGGUGGAACUAUCACAUGAGCAAGCAUGACAACAAAGACAAGCACAACCAGCGGUACAGAAGAAGGUCCAGAGACUCCAGGUCAGCCAGAGGACAUCGUCCCUAUGGUCCUGACAUCUGCUACUCAGCAGCAGUUUGCUUGCGUCGCCGAUGAGGACGUCACAGGGGAGAACCCCUACAAGCUCCUGCAGAAAGAUGACAUCUUAGAGGACAUGAGGACAAAGGCCGCAGUGUCGGAUUUCAGCCCUGUGAAGCAGAUGAUCCUGGAUUAUCCAGAGAGUGAGCUGUUGCUGGUUUAUGACCGAGACUUCACCUAUGGCCAAAUGUUCUAUCUGGCUCUGACACCAGAAGCAAAGGAACGCAUCCUCAAUCCCCCUGAAGCUGAGCCUGAAGAAGAGAUAGAGAUUGAGAUUGAAAUCAAAACUCCAGAAGCAAAGGAAUGGCUAUCACUUGGCAGUGAAAAAGAAAUGGAUGAAGAAUCUGUCAAAGAGACAAGAGAAAAGUUAAUUUACAAGUUCUCCCGAGUUCGGAGGGAGUUUGGCUUGCCGCUCUCGCUUUCGGACCGCAACGCUGCGGAUGUCAAAGAUGGCAACGUGGAGUGUUUGUCCUACCAAGACGGGCGAUUCAACAUCAAGCUGUUCCAGAGGGAUUGCGCCGUGCAGGCUAUCCCCAUCCUCCAGAGCAGCAGCGCCCAGACACUGUGGAAGUUGAUGCGAAAUAACUGGACACAGUACACGCCAGCAGUAUUGAGGAAAGAGGAGCAGGAGAAGAGCCCUCCACUAAGCUUAAGGGAUUUUUGUCAUGCAGUGACAAACAGGCUUCUGCAUGCCCUGCAACAACAGGAAAUUAUAAAUGUGUUCAAAGACGACUGGAUGGCUCUGGGGACGGAUACGGACGACAUGGACUGGUCCGGGAAGGUGUCCGAUGCGUUGAUGCUGAACCAGGUCUUUUCCGACCCAAACUACUGUCCUGGCAAGGAGAUUAUCGCCAUGCACUGGCAUCCCACCAUUCCAAGUGUGAUGGCCGUGGCAAUGAGAGAAAAGAAGAAGAAACAACAGCUGAUCAAGUCGACCGGGCCGCUGAUCGUUUUUUACAGCUUCUCUGACCCCACUCAUGCCAAGAUAUUGCUGGAGUGCCCAGACAACAUUCUUGCCUUUGAAUUCUGCCCCUCCGAUCCAAAUAUUAUUGUUGGCGGCUGCGUGAACGGCCAGGUGGUGUUGUGGGAAAUAUCUGCUCACGUUGCACGUUUGCACCCAGUCCAACACGGUCUUCAUAAGCAUCAUCAUUCUGUCAAAACGGAUACGCUGGGUUUUGAGGACAAGAAAGACAAGAAAGCUCCACUCGUGCGUUACAGUGCAAUGUCAGGGGUGGAGAACGGCCACAAAGCACCAAUUACAGAUGUCCAUUGGCUGCCUCGGUCCUUUGAGGUCAGCGCUCAGGGCGUUCCGCUGGAGAACAAAUCCAAUCUUUCUGUUCAAUUCAUCACCUGCGCCCCUGACAGCACUUUAAUGUUCUGGGACAUCCGAAUGCCAAAACAAGUGCGCCAGACCAUAGCGGAAAAGAAACAGAAUGAUUCCGAGUCUCCGACGGCCAAUUGCAGUGACAACAACGCCUUCAAACACUUGGAGCGGAUGUGGAAACCUUUCAUGACGGUUCCCUUGGGAAACAUGGAGAGGAACGGUGAUUAUGUCCCAAUCAAAUUCAACCUUUACCCCUUCACCAAUAGGCCGAAUACUACCAACACCUUAGUGGCAGAAAGCGGUGGCGACGGCUCAGCGCUAGGAACGCCCGACUACAGUCAGCUCCAAGUCCCCUCAGCCAAAGGACUAACACCUCUGGAAGACAUCAAUACCAAGAUUUAUAUUGGAACACAGGACGGGGAGAUUGUUUACACCGACUGGAAAAUGGAAAGAAACGAUCUGGAUCAGCUCCUGAGUCCCAAGCCGCUUCAGCUGCUCAAAAUCCACCCCUGCUUGGUCAAUACCAUCGAGCGCUCGCCCUUUUUUAAAGACAUUGUGUUGACUGGAACGUCGCUGUUUGGAAGCUGCAAUAUUGCCAUUUGGAAAGAAGGAGUGUUGGACGGCCCCCUUUUCCUGUUCCCGAGCUCGGAGGGGCUGUGUACGUCGGCGUGCUGGUCUAUGACCCGCCCGGCCAUUUUCUUCCUUGGAAAAGGGGACGGAAAAAUCGAGGUGUGGAACAUUCUUGAAAAGGCGGGAGAAGUGGUGCACGUGCAAGAACACAUGACCAGUGGCAAGAUCACCUCCAUCAAACCUUGGAGCAUCUCCUCCAAGCAGCACUUCCUGACUUUGGCUGACGAUCUUGGAAUAGUGCGUGUCUUUCAAAUCCCACCCGUCUUCCACAUGCCUUACCGAAACGAGAGAGCCAAUGUGGGGAAAUGCAUUCAUCAGCAGCAAGAGAGACUUAAUGACCUCAUCAAGAGGAGAGAAGUGUGGCAAAGCCAGAAGCCGCCAUCGCCAUCGCCACCAGAGGAAGAGAAGAAAGUGGAGCCUGAGAAAGUAGGGACCCCCACCACAGAAGAGCAGGAUCUUAUGAAGGAGUACAACGAUUUCCUAGUGCUUGAGGAAAACAUCCUUAAAAGCAUGGGACUGACAUCGUAACAACAACAACACACACACACACACACACACACACACACACACACACACACACACACACGUUGUUGUUUAUGGAGGUAAAAGGUGUUCUUAUUUUUGAAUGUACAGCUUGAAGCUGAUUUGUUUUCUUCCAAGUGAAAGGCACUUGAUGCUUGAUGAUGUUCAAGCUGCUAGCAAGAUGUGAAUGUAGCCUGACUUGACCACAUCCUUGAGCAAACUCUGCGCAGCUCUUUGUACAACGUGCAUUCUGUUCAAGCGGACAAACGACAUGGAGCAAAGGUGAUGGAGCAGUUGUUGAAUGUUGUGGAAUCACUUCCAAAUGGCCAACGAUGCAGCUGUCCACAAAGGCUCCAAAUGAUGGUUGCAUCUAUUUUUCCCCUUUCUUUGUAUUGCCAAUUAGUAUUGCUUUGGUUUUCUUCAGACGACUUUUGACCCUAACGUAAGAAACAUUUUCAUUUCAUGUUACCAUUUCAUGAUGAAAUGCUCGUUCAUAUAUUCCUUCCAAAAAAUGGCUUGCUAGCUGGAGGCUAUCAAGUCAAUUUCCACCCCAAGCAAGGAUUGUGAGCUCUUAUUUCCGCCUAUCCAGCCAUCAGUUCAGUGGCGUUUUUUCAGCGCCUCUCAAGGGUGCAUCUUGAAAAUUGCACAUGGCAAGGAAGGAAGGAAGGAAGGAAGGAAGGAAGGAAGGAAGGAAGGAAGGAAGGAAGGAAGGAAGGAAGGAAGGAAGGAAGGAAGGAAGGAAGGAAGGAAGGAAGGAAGGAAGGAAGGAAGUCAUUUUGAACCUGCUUUCAUUUCACGUCACGAUAUGUAUCUGUUGUUGAGAGCCUUGUCAUUAUCUUGGGCUCAUUUCACAUGCUGUUGAUAAAAGAACCUUUUUCAUGAAAGAGAACUCCAUCUUAGACCUGAAGUCAUGAUUUGACCUUAUUCAAGUUUCCUCUAAGCCAGUCUACAUGUAAUAAUAAACAAGCAGAAGGUCAUGGAUAUUUGAAGACUUGUAUCUUCUGAUCAUAUUGUCAUAGUUUGACGAGGUCUUUCAAGUAUCUUACGCAGUGAUGCACCUUGCCUCAAAAAUGUGGAUUGCUUGAAUGCACUCAAAUAUGGUCAGUAUCACGUGCACUUCUUCAAUAGCUAUCGAAACAAGAAGUUUACGUGGUAAAAAAAAAAUCAAAGGCUCUUUUUGUUAAUGCGACGUGGCCUUUUGUGCCACAUUGUUCCCAACGUUUAUGAAGAAGGUUUUUCCCCUUGAAGUGGACUGCCUGCCAAGGGCCCUCCGGACACAAUUAGUUUCACUCCUCCAAGGCAAGGGAAUAAAAUGCGGACGCAUCAGCGUGCCAAGUCCAACUCAGGUCAAGAGCGGCCCAGCAAACCUAUAGUGACUACUUGACAGCUGCUAUCUGGGCAGGGAAGAAGUAGGGGCGACUGGAGA